UCCUCCUCGUGAAUAAUGAAUAUACUUUCCCUUUCUCUCUCCUCUCUCAAAUUCUCUCUCUCUCAUGAUCUCUCUUAGUUAGGGUUCUUCACUUCGAACCCUCGCGCUUCAAUUGCUUCUUCUGAAACUCGAGGUAAGUAUCUUUGAUUCUGAUGCUUAUGUGCACACGCACUCACACGUGUUUCUACACACACAAGUAUAAAUCGCCUAUUUCUUCAUUGCUGGUAAGGAAUUUUGAUCUAGGUUUAGGAGUUGUAUUCAGACGCGCGGUUAUGUAAUUAAUUUUUUUUUUAAAAAAAGAAGGAAUUUUUAUUCUAUGUUAGUUGUAGAUAUUUUUUCAUAGUGGUAUUGUAAAGUGAUGACGCCUCAGCCAAGGAGGAAGAAAUGGACUGAGGCGGAGGAAAGAACCCUAAUUGAUAAGUACGGUGAGAUGUCGUGUGAUGGGAGUUUAUCGAAGAUGAAAACCCGGGAGAAAAAGUACAAGCCGAUUGCUCUACAUGUCAAUUUGAUCCACCAUGCCCGGGACCCGGUCUCGUAUCCGUGGCAAUGGACUUGGAAAGACGUGUCGACUAAAGUGCAGAACAUGAGGCACCAGUACGCGCUUGUGAAGCAGAAGAUCAAGAAGCAGGAGUCUUCGAUCAGGGGUUUGGGCGGAGAGGACGAGUUCGAUUGGAUGGAAGGGAUUACUCAUUGGUCGAACUUCCUUCGGUAUAAGGAAGUUUUUGGUGAUGUGGCGCUUGCGUUUACGAGCACCGAUGGGGUUUUGGGUGGGAACGGAUGCAACGGUGGCUUUGAGGAUGUUGUUGCUCCGUUUGGGCAGAUGGGGCAGGUGGCGGAUGGGGCUUUUGUCGGUGGGAUUGAUGGGGUCGAAAAUGGGGUGAUGGAUUUGGAGUUCGAUUAUGAUGGGGAGGAAGGGGAAGAGAAUUACAACAGGGGUAACAAAAACGAGGUUUGUAUGAGAGAAGACGAUUGUGCAAGAUUUGUUUGUGAAGAUAUCGAACCGAAUCCACUUGUUAACCAAUUAGGUCAGUUGAAGGAGAUGGAGUCUCGGUUUGAGCAGCGCGAGGUGGAGAGAGAGCGCGAGAGGCAAACGAGGGAAAAUCUUAAAGCCGAAAAGGAGAAAGAGCGUAUAAAAAAAUCCGACGAGAUUGAAAAGAGUAGAGAAGCGAGGGAAAACACGAGAGAAAAGUUGAGAAGGCAAUGGAUUCAAGAAUGGGAAGCUAUGGAGAGAGAGAGCGAGGAGAGAGAGAGAAGGAGACGGGAGGAAGAAUCGAUGCGCGAGAGGGAAUGGGAAGAGAAGUUGAAUCGAAGGAGAUCGGAGUGGAAGAAGAGGAUGAACGAGAUGCUGAGUCAGCACCGAGCGGAGAUGGGGCAGGUUCAGGCUAGGAUACUACACGAGCAGCAGAAUCUGACGAGUCAGUUUAUCGGGCUCGUUUCACAGUGGAGCGGUCACGCGGUGGGGAUUUCUGACCACAGUGGAGCAACUAGCCAUUAUUUGUCACAGAUGAUGCAGAAUUUGCACCAUGUAAAUGGCAUGGUUGAUGGUGAUACGAGGGUCGAUGGAGAUAAUCAAGAAGAUCAGUUCAUCGUUGAUGGUUAAAUGCUCGAGAUUUUUUUACUGCACAGAAUAUAUCUGCAGGUGAUUUUUUUCGUAAGGAACUGAUGCUUCAGAUUAUAUAUAUGUGUACAAUAGCUGUGUAGUUUUGUUAUAUGAUUCUUUACUCUUU